AUGCAAUUUUAUCAGAUUAUAAUUUGUCAGUCGAUAACUGGAUCUUGUGCCAUUCGAAUCUCCCACUUUGGAAUUUAAUAAUAAUAUGUUCACAAAUACAACAUUAAACGAGAUAAAAAAUUUUUAUUCAUUUUUAAAAUAAUCAUCUUUAUUUAACAUAUAACUUUCGACUGAGUAUCCAUUGGUUUGAUUCAGCAAUGAAACACAGUCUUUAUCAAUAUUUGAUGAGAGACACUUCUGUCUCUUUAUCUUAGUGGAUUUUUUUAAAAUCAUUAUUAUUUAUUAUAAAUAAAAUAAUUUAUUUUCUUCAAAAAAAUAAUGAGUGAAAUUAUGCUUUUUUUUGUGUCUGAUAAUUAUUUUAUUUAAAAAUUUUAAUCGUCAUUUUAUACGAUAUCUAAUCAGUCAAUAAUUUUAGUGGAUUAUUUAUUUUUUUUUUACACAAUUAGUGGAAUAAUUUUAUCACAUCAAAUUAAUAAUAUGAUUAAUGAACAAAUGGAAAUUUUAGAAAUGAAGGUUGAACCAAGUUCACCGGAAGAAAUUAAAAUCCAACGGAGGAAUGGAUUAAUUUAUCAGAUGACUAUGAGUUUAUUUGCAACAUUUUCAGUACUUGGACCAGCAAUGGGAUUUGGAUACAGUGCUGUUAUAAUUCCAACAUUAAGAUCAGGUCGAAGUAACUUUACAGUCGAUAAUGAUCAAGUAUCUUGGAUUGCAAGUGCAGCAGCAAUUGGUACACCAAUUGGUUGUAUAUUAUCAAGUUUCAUAAUGCGAAAAGGAAGAAGAAUGAGUUUAUUAACAACAUCAACAUUUUCAUUGAUUGGCUGGUUUUUAAUAUACAUGUCAACAAAUUAUGAAAAUCUCAUUGUCGGUAGAAUAAUUGGUGGUAUUGCAACUGGUCUUGCAUCAGUACCAGCAACUGUUUACACAGCUGAAAUAACUGAAUCAGCAUGGCGUAGUACAGUCGUUACAUGGAGUAGUAUUGCCAUUGCACUUGGUAUAUUAAUUGUCUACAUAUUUGGUUAUAUUAUUGAGGAUAAUUGGAGACUGAUUGCAUUAUUAUGUGGUUUAUUUCCUGCAAGUGCAAUUAUUUUAACUUUAUUAUCAAUACCAGAAUCACCAAUGUGGCUACGUGAUCAUGGACGUAUUGAUGAAGCUAAAAUAAUUAUUAAAAAAUUUCGUGGUAUACCAAAAAAUUGUCAAAUAACAUCUGAAGUUACAGAUGAAUUAAUAAAUACAAAACAGCAUCAACAAUCUCAACAUAAUUAUAGAAAAAAAUCACUUGUUGAUAAUAUAAAAAAACGUAGUUCAUUACAACCAUUUAUAAUAAUGCUUAUGUAUUUUUUUUUUCAACAAUUUUCUGGUAUAUUUGUUAUUGUUUAUUAUGCUGUUGAUAUAACAACUGAAGCUGGAAUGGAAAUUAAUCCAUUUAUUGGUGCAAUAUUAAUUGGUUUUACGAGAUUAAUUGGUGCUAUUUUGGUAUCAUGUGCAUCUAAAAAAUGGGGAAGACGUGUACCGUCAAUUGUGUCGGGUACAGGAAUGACAAUAUUCAUGGGAAUAUUGGCACUUUAUUUAUUUAGUAAAAAUCAAGGUUGUAAAAUUAAUGAUCAAGGUGUUAUACCAGCAAUUUGUAUUAUGUCAUAUAUAUUUAUGAGUACCAUUGGAUUUUUAUGUUUACCAUUUGCUAUGGUUGGUGAAAUAUAUCCAGCAAAAGUUAAAGAUGUUUUAUCGGGGCUAACAACAUGCAUCGCGUAUAUUUUUAGUUUUAUAAGUGUUAAAACUUAUCCAGGCAUGAUUAAUAUUAUGGGAAAACAUGGAGUUUUUUGUUUUUAUGCAUUGAUGUCAUUGUUAGGUACAAUAUUUGUUAUAUUAUUUUUACCCGAGACAAAAGGAAAAACACUCAAUGACAUUGAUCAGCUAUUUUCAAUUAAAAAAAAUAGACAACAUGAUAUUAUUGAUGAAGAAAAAAUUAUUCCAUUAAAUAAUAAUAAUAAUAUUACAAUCAUAUCAGAUAAGAGAUAAUUUUUUUUCAUUUUAAAUACUACUUUAUUAUGUAAAUUAAAUUUUUUUUUUUUGUUAUUAUUAAAUAAAUAUUUGAAUUUAUUUUAUGUUGAAAUAUUUAAUUUUUGUUCUUUAAUUUUUUAUUCUAUUUUUAGUAUAUUUUUCAAUGAAACCUUCAAAUGCAAGUAGGAAAAAAAAAUAAAAAAAAAAAAAAU